CCCUUACUAGUCGCUAAUAGACUCCAUCACCAUAAACUUCAAGUCACACUCUCAAACAUGCUUAUUGACGACCAACUCACUAAAGUGCCGGUACCAACGAGCGGCGCCAAAGGAAUGACCGUUUUCGAAGCGCAAGACGGCCUUUGCAACAUCCUGAUCACAGGCGGUGGAGGAUUCAUCGGUUCCCAGCUUGCAUAUGACCUCGCCGAAACAUAUCCUGACUAUCGAGUGGUCGUGUUUGAUCUUUUCAACUACAAGGGCUCACUCAACAACCUCAAUAGCCACGUGCACAACCUGAGCAUCUUCAAGGGUGACAUUUUCAACGACGAGGACCUCAGCACGGCGCUCAUGGCGUACAGCAUCGAUGCCGUCAUACACCUCUCAGCGCAGACUUCGGUCGACGCGUCGCUCGCCACGCCGUACGAGAGUGCCAGGGCCAACGUUGUAGGCACCAACGUCGUCCUGGAGAACUGCCUCAAACAUGGCGUCAAGAAAUUCGUGCACAUGAGCAGUGCAGAGGUGUAUGGCAAGGCCGACGUUGGAGAAGAAGGGGUGUUCCGCGAGGACGUGUCGCCACGCCCCGUGAAUCCAUACGGGGCAAGCAAGGCAGCUAGUGAGAUGAUUGUCCACGGAUACCAGAAUAGGGGUAUCGAUACGUUCAUCGUGCGGGCUUCGAACGUGUAUGGGCCCAAGCAGUUCCCGGAUAAACUUAUCCCCAGGUCUGUCACGCUGCUGCAACAUGGCGAGAAGGUCACGAUCCACGGCACCGGAGAGGACGUGAAGCAUUGGCUCUACAUUAGCGAUGUGAGCAACGCUUUCAAUGUCAUCUUGCAUCGUGGCGUGCCUGGCGAGGUGUACAAUUUGGGUUCUCACUAUGCCUCUACUAAUUACAACCUCUGCUCGAGUAUAAUCAAAGCCAUUACAGGAGCACCAGACAUCGAGCAGUGGAUGAACAAGGUGCCUGGACGAGCCGUGGUGGGCAAACCGGUUGGCUUGGGGUUCAGCAAGUUGGAGGGAAUUGGCUGGACCCAGAAGGUUGCUCUAGAGGAAGGCGUGGAAGAAACGGUGAAGUGGUAUCGUGACAAUGCCGAGAAGUGGUGGGGGAACCUUCCGGGCAUCCUCGGCAUCCCCCCACGGAAGUCUUGUUGA